CGCGUCAAGACUAUUUAAAUAGACACAUUUCAAUUUGACUUCGGUCAUUCUGCGUUCUAGCUCUGUGGAAUCUUCUAUUGUACCUGUUGAACCUAGAAACUUUAGAAUGAGUAUUGAAAUUAUUAACUCAGCUGGAGCUCCAGAAUCUCUGAAUGUGCGUUUCUUUCAAGAUGUUCUUGAAAACGCCCUUCUUGAAUCGGAUCUUAAAAUUCGAAAAGUAUCAAUCAAGUUAGGAAGUACAAUUGGUGAUAAUUACUGCAGCCAAAUUUACAGAGUUCGAAUUUCUUUCUGUCGACGAGAUGACGAUCAAAAACUUGAAGAUUUAUCGGUGAUUGUAAAAAGCAUGCCAGAAAGUGAUGCAUUGAAGUUCCUGCAGGACUUGAAAGCCUUCAAUAAAGAGAAGAUCUUCUACGCUAAUAUGAUUCCACGAAUGGAAAUUCUUUUGGAUAAUGUCAAACUAGCAGGAAAGCUUUAUUUUGCUGCAAAAGAACCUAUCAAUACUUUGGUAUUUGAAGAUCUCGCUGUUUCUGAUUACAUAAUGGGAGAUCGAGAAAGAGGGCUGGAUUUAGAGCAUUGUCAGCUAGUUAUGAAGAAACUUGGUUAUCUUCAUGGAUCUUCAAUAAUUUUGAAAAAGAAAGAUCCUGAUUGUAUGAAUAGCUUCCGUGUCGGUUUUCUAUCUGAAGAUGGUCUAAACGGUUCAGAUACAUUUGUAACAGUCUUUAGAUUUUUGUACGAUGCACUUGUAAGAAAUGUCAGCACUUGGAAAGGAUACGAAAGUAUAACUAAAAAACUUGAAAAAUAUGCAACAAAUUUCAAGGAGAAUCUCCUCAAAACUCAACAUCCAAUUCCGGGUGAAUUGAAAGUUCUCAAUCAUGGCGAUCUUUGGGUAAAUAACUUCCUCUUCAAAUACAACAACAAAGAAACCAAAGAAUCAGUACAAGAUGUAAUAUUUAUCGAUUUACAAAUGAGCAUUUUUGGAAGUCCUGGAUUUGAUUUGAAUUAUUUCUUUUACACUUCAAUGCAAUUGGAUGUUUUGAAAGAGAAACGUGAAGAACUUUUAAAGACAUAUUAUAAAUCAUUUUCUGACACAUUGAAAGCUUAUAAAUAUGAGAAUAUACCAAGUUUUGCAGAUAUACUUUUGGAAGUUCGACGAAGAGAACCUUUUGGAUUUUUUGCAAAUUAUGCUGUAUUGCCUGGAAUUUCAAUUGAUAAAAGUGCAUCAAGUGAUGUUAGUUUGGAGAAUUUUAUGGAUAAAGAUUUUGCUGAUAGAAAAGCUGAAGUAAUGUUUUCGACACCGAGAAUAAGAGAUACAAUGAGGUAUACUUUGAAGAGAUUUAAUGAGAUGGGAGUUUUAGAUUAAAUGUUGUUC